CCCGCGCAGCCGCAAAGGCUGACGCGAGCACGUCGCGUGCGUGCAUGCGUGCCGGCGUCGGGCUCCGGGCGGCCGGCUUUCGGCUGCAGUGCGGACACGGUGCUGCGGAGCCAGACGGAGCCCAGCGGAGUGGACAGGCCAGGAUCGAGGGCAGUGGGGGAGCACACACCCAGAUGUGACCCUUCUCAGAGGGCAGGAUGGUGCUGGACUCGGGGACCCAGGCCUAUGAGCAGGCACCCCCUUCCCUCUCUGUCAGCCCCCCCACUGUUCCUGGGGUGGGGAAGAUCUCAAACGAGAAUGGGCCACAACUGUACCCCUCGAUCCGGCCGCCGAUGUCAGCCCCCAGCUCCCGGAAACCCUCCCCAGUCGUCCCAGGACAUCCUAGACCCUCCGUGUCCCAACCAUCAGGCCUGACCUCUUCCCGCCCCAAGGUCCCAAGUCCGAAGUCUGAAAUAAGACGCCUCUCAUCGGCGUCACUGGGUCGUGGUCGGAUUCGGCGUAGUGAGAGUUCCUGCUCAGUCGGAGGGUCCAGCGGAAAGGGGCGCCUCCGGCCCGCCUCCUCCCUCCCCCACAUCGCUAAGAGCAAGGGGGAGGACAGCCGGGCAGUCAGCAAGAGCCCCUGCCUGCUGGUGGCCUUAAGACCCAAUAACUUGGAGCAAGAGCGAGACCGGUUCUUUCAGUCGAGGUACACCUACAACCCACAGUUUGAGUAUGAGGAGCCGGUGCCCGCUGCUGUGUUGGAAAAGUACAAUGAGGCCUCGGACAAGUUCAUCCCCCAGGCGGUGAGGAUCAUUGAGGCAGUCCUGGAGAAGUUUGGCACCUACGAGCAAUUCGAGGCCAUGACGGGAGGCCAGCUGCUGACCAAGUGCCAGAUCUGGUCCGUCGUCCGCAAAUACAUGCAGAAGGAGGGCUGCUCUGGAGAGGUGGUGGUACAGCUGAGUGAGGACCUGCUGUCCCAAGCCGUGAUGAUGGUGGAGAACAGCCGGCCCACGCUGGCCAUCAACCUGACUGGGGCCCGCCAGUACUGGCUGGAGGGGAUGUUGCGGCAUGAGAUAGGCACGCAUUAUCUUCGAUUUGUCAAUAACACUCAGCAGCCCUGGAGCACCUCUGACGGCCGGCGGCAGUACGGGCUGCGACCUGCCAACCCCACUGAGGAGGGGCUGGCCAGCCUGCACAGUGUGCUGUUCCGGAAGCAGCCCUUCCUGUGGCGGGCAGCCCUGCUGUACUACACCAUCCAGCGCGCCGCACUCAUGUCUUUCCGCCAGCUUUUCCAAGACCUCGCGCAGUACGUGCAAGACACCUCCGUGCGCUGGGAGUACUGUGUGCGGGCCAAGCGGGGCCAAACAGACACGUCCAAGCCUGGCUGCUUCAGUAAGGACCAGGUGUACCUGGAUGGGAUCCUCCGCAUCCUCCGUCAUCGGCAGAACAUUGAUUUCCAUAUGCUGACUGCUUUGGGCAAGGUCUCCUAUGAAGAUGUGAAUCAGCUUCGGCCCCACGGGAAGCUGGAAAAGACACGCAUCCCUCACUUCAUGCAGGACUUGACACGCUACCACCAGCAGCUGGAACACAUCAUCACCACCAACCGCCUGGAUGAUGCCCAGCUGGAUAGCCUGUUGCCAGACUGAGGGGCUGUGGGUGGGGGGCAGGGGUUGGUGGGGUGGCUGCUCAGCUGGCUGGCUACAGAUCAGGGGAAAGGAAGAUCCUGGGUCAGUUCCAUCAGCAGUGGGCAACAGCAUGGCCUACAUUUCAACGCCCUGGAUAUGGAGGAGCUUGGGGUAGUGGGCUGCAAAAUAUAUGCUAGAGCCCCCUCUGGUAGGGAGCUCUGGAAUCUUGUCUUCGAGCCUAGAACAGGAGGGGAUUUCCUCUUGGAAGGCCAGAAAAAUAGAUACUGAGGCUGCCCUGUCCACAUAGAAUGAAGAGGUUCCAGUAGGGAUGAAAAGGGCAGAUGGAUUUGCUUUGGUUGAGUGGGGAGGGGAGAGAGCUAGCUCUGUGAGCAUGUGCUCCUGUGGGGAAGGAGGAUGGGUGCAAUUGGGCCUGUGAGGAAUGGGUGGGGUGGGGGGAGUUUCCCCUUGUGCAUGAGACAAAUACAGUAGGAUUCUGGGGCUCACAGUUAACCCUGUACCUUCAAUCCUGUGCCCCUCCCACCCUCUGCUGCACCCCAACAGGAAUUCUAGUCUCUUGGUGCUCUUAGACCCCUUGACGUCUACCUCUUGCUGGGCUUUCAUGGAGGACAAAGCAUCCAUGGACCCCUUCCCCGGCCAAGGCCCUAGCAUUGCUGCUCACCUCCUGGGUGGACCCUCGCUCCUCCCUCCUCCACUGUAACACCUGUCCUUCCACAUACACGGCCGUAGUCUCGACUCCAUAUUCCCUCUUUCUGCCGGUACCUGGCAUGCAUUUCAACUUCCCCCAAACUCCUACCCAUGUACUCAGUGGAACAAUUGAAAGGGGAAAAUAGUAGAGUGGCUUGCUGGUCAGUGGGCCCCAGCUAUUCAAUUCAGGCACGUACUAAGCAGCCACUCUUUGCAAGGUCCUAUGCCCAUCCCUAGGGCUAGAAAGAUGAGAAACAAGGUUCCCUGUCCUCAGAGAACUUACAGCUUAAUGAGGGAGGUAUGACACAUAGAUAUGCCUGAUACAAGGCAGAAUGUGAGAGGGGCACAGGAUCGAUCCGGAACAGGGGUGCUAAGGACAACUGGUGAAGGCAAAUGGUGGGAAUAGCCCCUGUCACUCCCUGGGCAGGGACAGGUGCGCUUGGUUAAUGGUGUCUGGGCUGGGGAAUGACACUCUAUGAUCUUUGCUCCCUUCCCUCAUCUUCCUGCUGCUACCUCAGGCUUAAGUGGCAGUUACUGAGUUCCUUCCCUCAACACAUACCCCAUCUUAGGGAAGAGUUUAUGAGUCCAGAUGGAAUAUAUUUUAGGGGUAGGACUUCUGAGCGCUAAGGAGAGACUGGCCUCUCUGCUUGAGCCAUGAUCAUAAGAUGACUCCUGUCCUCAGCAGAAGCAGCCAGCUUUGUCUUCCCUCUGUUCUCGAGGUUAUGCUUGAACCUAGAUUUCAGCAGUGUAUUUUACCAGGUCUUGGAUGGUACAUUUGUGAACUAAAUGAAAUGUAUGGGUGGAUAAUAGUAGUCAGGCAACUUUGAACCAUUAGAUACCAAAUCCAAAAGGGAAUUAAUGGGUCGAUGUCGACUUGGGAGGGGCAUAUCCACAGGCCAUAGCAGGUCUUUGGCCCUUGGCCCUUGGCCCUGUUUUAGUAUUUUUAAUCAGUAAUGUCAAUGGAGGCAGUGAAAUUCUGAUAAUGCAAAAUAAAGAAAGAGAACUGAUGGAUAGUGAAAGAAUCAGGCUGGAACUAAGAUGGAAUUUAGUAUGGAUUCAUUUGUGCAAAACCCUGUGCUGAAUGUUGGGCUACGAAUGUUGGCGAGGAGGCACUUACAGUCUAAUGGGGUGGGGGAUGAGUGGAAGGUCUUUCUAUUUGGUGAUUGGUUGGUUUGGUGUUUUGGGCACCAUCUACCUCCCAGGGUGGUUUUGAGGAUACAAUCGUGUCUGUUAUGGAGAGACAGCAGUUGGCUAGUCAACUCGUGUAUUGAGGAGAAUGCUAGAGGUGCAAAUAGGGGAAUUCAUGCUGUAUCAAUCAAUCCUAUACCACCUCUGAGGCUGGGCCUGUCUCUUUUUAAAUUUUUUUAAAAUAUUUUUUUUGGUGGGGCAAUGAGGGUUGUGACUUGCCCAGGGUCACACAGUUAAUAAGUGUCAAGCAUCUGAGGCCGAAUUUGAACUCGGAUCUUCCUGAAUUCAGGACCAGUGCUUUCUCCACAGCCACCUAGCUGCCCCCUGGGCGGAGUCUUUUCUUAGGCUCAGUUUCCUCCUCUGUAAACUGGAGAGUUAACCUUCUAGGGCCAUGAACUUUAUGUGUUCAGGCUUCUGAGACCCUGUUCAGAUACGAGGACUGACCUCGGAGGAUGGAGGUGACCAGCCACCUCUUGGCAUAUUCUGGGGCACAUGCAUGUGUAAUCUACCAAUAGUAUUAAGUCCCAUGAAUACAGUAUUUACAGUGCUUUCCUCAUGCCUAUCCUGUGACAUUUUAGAGAUGUAUAGGAAUGGAAGUAGUGUUGGUUUUGUUUUACGGGUUAGUGUCCAGACUCAACUGGGCAAAAUGAUGUCUAAGGUCACUGUGUCAGAGGCAGGGCUAGAAUCCCUCUACUCUCUCUAGACACUAGGCCAUCACCAAAGCUAACAGUGCAUGUUACCUUGGGUUGUUUUUUUUUAAAUUUUAAUUAAAAAAAAAAAUUUGCAGGGCAGUGAGGGUUAAGUGACUUGCCCAGGGUCACACAACUAGUAAGUGUCAAGUGUCUGAGGCCAGGUUUGAACUCAGGUUCUCCUGAAUCCAGGGCUGGUGCUUUAUCCACUGCGCCACCUAGCUGUCCUACCCUGUUUUUUUUUAUCACUUAUUUUCCAAUUCAGAGGUUGGUAUUUGUGUUGAUCUAAUUACCUCUGAACACAAACAUUGGAAGAUGGGCAGGAGACCCAUUAGACAGUGCAUUUUGCUUUGGACCCCAUCUCCAAGACCCCAAGCCACCUCCAAUCUGGCAUGGCUGGUAAUUGCAGCAGGGCCUCCUGGUUGUGCCCUUCAAAGGUUCAGUGCUGCUGGGAGCUGAGUUAUUAAGACUCUUAGCUCCAUGGAAAGAAACCUUGAGCCCCGAUUCCAUUGCCCUGCAUCCUGUGCCUCACCAGGAAGUGUUUUUGUUUUAUCAUUUCCACCACCACCCACAUCCCACAAACCUAAAACAAUGAUCAGACUACCCUGGAGAUUAGGUCACUAUUGCUAUCUUGACCGCAGAGGCAAGAGGCUCUGACCUGUGGCUAUGGUAGGAGUCAGACUUGUCAGGAACUGUUUGGCUCAGGGUCUUGGAGUUGGGAGCCUCAGAGAAUGUCUAGGCAAUUCUCAGCUUCCAUUUGCUCAUCUGUCAAACAAGGGGGUUGGACUUAGAUCCCUAAGAUCCCUUCUACCUCGAAAUCCAAUGAUUCUCCAUUAUCAAGGAGGGCGGGCAGUGUGGAUCAAAGUCAAGAGGGUGUUUUCCCUGGAAGCUGCUCUUGAUGUGCCCCAAUGGAUGCCCUCUGCAUUCUGUACCCAGAAAGCUGCCUUGGCAAUGCCUUUGCCUGGGGACUCCUGUUAUUUACUACUAGUAUAGCUGAGGCUUGGAGGCUUGGGUGCUGUCAUGAGACUCACUUGAACUGAACAUAUGUUUAGCGCCUUCCACACGGGUCAGGGGUGGAGGGGUGACCCCAACUCCUUGUAUGUUGAUGUCUGGAACUGGAAAUUACUUUUCUCUUCACUCCCUUAUUCUUCCUCCCAGAAAGGAGGGGCAAGAGGAGCUUUGGAAUAAAAUUAUUUUUUAUCCGACUCCA